AUGACAGCCUUGAAUGAGCGGAACGAGUGCAUCCCCUUUUACCCAAUCGGACUGCAGCAGGGAAGCACAGAUGGACUGCAGCAGGGAAGCACAGAUGGACUGCAGCAGGGAAGCACAGAUGGACUGCAGCAGGGAAGCACAGAUGGACUGCAGCAGGGAAGCACAGAUGGACUGCAGCAGGGAAGCACAGAUGGACUGCAGCAGGGAAGCACAGAUGGACUGCAGCAGGGAAGCACAGAUGGAAUGCAGCAGGGAAGCACAGAUGGACUGCAGCAGGGAAGCACAGAUGGAAUGCAGCAGGGAAGCACAGAUGGACUGCAGCAGGGAAGCACAGAUGGACUGCAGCAGGGAAGCACAGAUGGACUGCAGCAGGGAAGCACAGAUGGACUGCAGCAGGGAAGCACAGAUGGACUGCAGCAGGGAAGCACAGAUGGACUGCAGCAGGGAAGCACAGAUGGACUGCAGCAGGGAAGCACAGAUGGACUGCAGCAGGGAAGCACAGAUGGACUGCAGCAGGGAAGCACAGAUGGACUGCAGCAGGGAAGCACAGAUGGACUGCAGCAGGGAAGCACAGAUGGACUGCAGCAGGGAAGCACAGAUGGACUGCAGCAGGGAAGCACAGAUGGACUGCAGCAGGGAAGCACAGAUGGAAUGCAGCAGGGAAGCACAGAUGGACUGCAGCAGGGAAGCACAGAUGGACUGCAGCAGGGAAGCACAGAUGGACUGCAGCAGGGAAGCACAGAUGGACUGCAGCAGGGAAGCACAGAUGGACUGCAGCAGGGAAGCACAGAUGGACUGCAGCAGGGAAGCACAGAUGGACUGCAGCAGGGAAGCACAGAUGGACUGCAGCAGGGAAGCACAGAUGGACUGCAGCAGGGAAGCACAGAUGGACUGCAGCAGGGAAGCACAGAUGGACUGCAGCAGGGAAGCACAGAUGGACUGCAGCAGGGAAGCACAGAUGGAAUGCAGCAGGGAAGCACAGAUGGACUGCAGCAGGGAAGCACAGAUGGACUGCAGCAGGGAAGCACAGAUGGACUGCAGCAGGGAAGCACAGAUGGACUGCAGCAGGGAAGCACAGAUGGACUGCAGCAGGGAAGCACAGAUGGACUGCAGCAGGGAAGCACAGAUGGAAUGCAGCAGGGAAGCACAGAUGGACUGCAGCAGGGAAGCACAGAUGGACUGCAGCAGGGAAGCACAGAUGGACUGCCGCAGGGAAGCACAGAUGGACUGCAGCAGGGAAGCACAGAUGGACUGCAGCAGGGAAGCACAGAUGGACUGCAGCAGGGAAGCACAGAUGGACUGCAGCAGGGAAGCACAGAUGGAAUGCAGCAGGGAAGCACAGAUGGACUGCAGCAGGGAAGCACAGAUGGACUGCAGCAGGGAAGCACAGAUGGACUGCAGCAGGGAAGCACAGAUGGACUGCAGCAGGGAAGCACAGAUGGACUGCAGCAGGGAAGCACAGAUGGACUGCAGCAGGGAAGCACAGAUGGACUGGAGCAGGGAAGCACAGAUGGACUGCAGCAGGGAAGCACAGAUGGACUGCAGCAGGGAAGCACAGAUGGACUGCAGCAGGGAAGCACAGAUGGACUGCAGCAGGGAAGCACAGAUGGACUGCAGCAGGGAAGCACAGAUGGACUGCAGCAGGGAAGCACAGAUGGACUGCAGCAGGGAAGCACAGAUGGACUGCAGCAGGGAAGCACAGAUGGACUGCAGCAGGGAAGCACAGAUGGACUGCAGCAGGGAAGCACAGAUGGACUGCAGCUCUGCACCGGCCCUGCUGUAGAGACGGUGCUCACGGUGCACCGGCCCUGCUGUAGGGAUGGUGCUCACGGUUCACCGGCCCUGCUGUAG